GUCCGUGUAAUGUGACGUAAUCAGAAAGCGACGCGCUCGCUUCCGGGUGUUGAAGCGAUCUGUUUGUCAGUUUGACGGCAACAUGGCGGACACAGGAAACAGGCUGCGCAAACAGCUCGAGUCGGCGAACUUCGAGCCGCAGAACUACGUGAAGCAGCUCUCACAGCAGUCUGAUGGAGACAGGGACUUGCAGGAGCACCGGCAGAAGAUCCAAACUCUGGCAGAUGAAACCGCCCAGAACCUGAAGAAGAACGUGUACAAGAACUACAGGCAGUUCAUUGAGACAGCGAAGGAGAUCUCGUACCUGGAGAGCGAGAUGUACCAGCUAAGUCACAUCUUGACCGAGCAGAAAAGCAUUAUGGAGAGCAUCACUCAGGCGUUGCUGUCCACCGACAAGGACGAAGCGGCCAAAGAAAUGCUCACAGCUUUUCCUAAAGAGACUGAGGAGGUCAAGCAGAGAACCUUAACCACCCUCCUGGAGAAAGUGGAAGGCUGCAAGAACAUCCUGGAGACCCCUGGCCGUUAUCUGGUCUACAACGGUGACCUGUUCGAGUACGACGUGGACAACAUGGCUCAGAUCCAGAAGGUUCACGCCUUCCUGAUGAACGACUGCCUGUUAGUCGCGACCUGGCUCCCUAACCGACGCGGGAGCAUCAAGUACAAAUACAGCGCCCUGUAUGACCUGGAGAGCUUCGCUGUCGUGAACGUCAAGGACAACCCUCCCAUGAAGGACAUGUUCAAGAUCCUGAUGUACCCGGACAGUCGCAUUUUCCAAGCGGAGAACAGCAAGAUUAAGAAAGAGUGGCUGGAGAUUCUGGACGAGACUAAGAAAACCAAAGCCAAAGACCUGAACAAGAAAGAAGAAGAGGUGCCCAAGUCGCCAGUCCGACCUGAGGUCUCCACCAACCCGUUUGAAAAAGAGGAAUCGUUGGAACCCGAGGAGAUGGUGGACUUGAGUCCGGAGUGGAUCCAGGAACUUCCUGAGGACCUGGAUGUUUGUAUCGCGCAGAGAGAUUUUGAGGGUGCUGUGGAUCUUUUGCAGAAGUUGAACGAGUACCUGAAGGAUCAGCCGGUCACACCGAGGGUCAAGGAGCUUAGAGGGAAAGUCGAGGAACGAGUGCGACAGCUGACUGAGGUCUUGGUGUUUGAGUUGUCGCCGGACCGGUCGCUUCGUGGUGGACCCAAGGCGACGAGGCGCGCCGUCUCGCAGCUCAUCCGUCUGGGCCAGUCUACCAAAGCCUGCGAUCUGUUCCUGAAGAACCGUGCUGCUGCAGUUCACACGGCCAUCCGUCAGCUGCGCAUUGAAGGUGCUACCCUGCUGUACAUCCAGAAGCUCUGCAAUGUCUUCUUCACCGGUUUGCUCGAGACGGCCCGGGAGUUCGAGACCGACUUCGCAGGCGACACGGGCUGCUACUCGGCCUUUGUCGUGUGGUCUCGCUCAGCCAUGAGGAUGUUCGCCGACACCUUCAGCAAGCAGGUGUUUGACAGCAAGGAGAGCUUGUCGACGGCCGCCGAGUGUGUCAAGCUGGCCGGAGAGCACUGCAGGCAGCUGAGCGACAUCGGCCUGGACCUGACUUUCAUCCUGCACUCGCUGCUGGUCAAGGACAUUAAGGCGGCCCUGCAGAGCCAAAAAGACGUCAUCAUCGAGGCCACGAAGCACCGCAACUCGGAGGAGAUGUGGCGCCGGAUGAACCUGAUGACCCCGGAGUCGCUCGGCAAGCUGAAGGACGAGAUGCGCGCCUGCGGCGUCACCACCUUCAACCAGUACACGGGCGACGACUGCUGGGUGAACCUCAGCUAUACCGUAGUGGCCUUCACCAAACAGAUGAUGGCCUUUCUCGAGGAAGGGCUUAAACUUUACUUCCCCGAACUGCACAUGGUGUUCCUUGAAAGCCUCCGCGAGAUCAUCCUGGUGGCCGUGCAGCACGUGGACUACAGCCUGCGCUGCGAGCAGGACUCUGAGAAGAAGGCUUUCAUCGCGCAGAACGCCGCCUUUCUCCACGAGACCGUGCUGCCCGUGGUGGAGCGCAGGUUCGAGGACGCGGUCGGCAAGCCGGCCAAGCAGCUUCAGGACCUGAGGAAGAGCUCGCGCUCGCUCAGGGUCAACCCGGAGAGCACCACGUCGCUGGUCUGACGCGGGACCUCGAACCUCCUCGUUUCGCAUGCAUUUCACGCACCACGUUCACACACUAAGACUCAACGUGCUUUUUAUGAUCUUGUUUCACUCCACACCUUAAGAUUUUAUUACAUAAGCUCAAUUUAAAUGCAUUACCUCUGCUUUUUUUCUGUUUUACUAAUAAUAUGAUAUUGCGUUUGUGUAACACAUUAAACUAAUCAAAGAGAA